AGGAAGGAAGGAGGAAAAGAAGGAAGAAAGAAAGAAAGAUAGGAAGGAAGGAAGGAAGACAGAAAGAAAGAAAGAGGAAGAGAAAGAGGAAGGAAGGAAGGAAGAAGGAAAGGAAGGAAGGAAGAAAGAAAGAUAGGAAGAAAGAUAGGAAGGAAGGAAGAAGGAAAAGAAGGAAGGAAGGAAGGAAGGAAGGAAGGAAGAAAGGAAGGAAGAAGGAAGGAAGGAAGGAAGGAAGGAAGGAAGGAAGGAAGGAAGGAAGGAAGGAAGGAAAGCAAGACAGACUUUCCAGGACUGGAUGCAACUCUUUUCCACUGAAGAAUAGCUGCUGGAGACAGCUAUGAUAUAUGCCAUGUAUGGGCAUCAGCCAUAGGCCUGAAGGCUGGAAUGGCCAUAAGGAAUGUUGCCUCCUUCCCACUUCCAUGCGGAUGGGCAUGACGCUUGGUUGGACUCCUUUUAGAAAUAGAUUCAGGAGCUGCAGAGAUUUGAAUCUUACUUAAUUGGUCCUGUAAACUCAAGAGAACCGGGACAUGUCACUUGGCCAAGUCUUCUUGUAAAGGAGAAUGUAAAAACGUCUGUCUGGUUUCACAUUAUGCAAGGAAAUUAGUGCUUUUUUGGAACACUAUGACAUCCAAGUCUGAGUAUUCGGUAAAAUGUUCCAGCCCCUGGAUGUAAUUUUUAACUCUCCAUUCCACUGAUCAUGCCACUCGAGGCCAAUAGAAUUGCUUUUCCUCCAGCAAAAUUAAGCUUGAUCCCUGGAGCAAAUGCAGUGCCGUCUGGGGUGAUUGUCUUGGAACGACUUCAUCGUCACGCAUCCCUGGAAAGUCUUCUCUGCGCAUGCCUCCGGGUCCUCUUCCACUCCCCAUCAUCGGCAACUUGCAUUUGCUGGACAUUACAAGGCAAGAUGUAUCAUUUAUAAAGCUUUCCAAAACGUAUGGUCCGGUCUACACGCUCCACUUUGGUUCGCGGAAAGUCGUGGUGCUGGUCGGCCACGAGGCCGUGAAGGAGGCCCUUCUUAGCAAAGACAACGAGUUCAUAAACAGGCCCUACAUCCCCAUCUUCUACAAGAUCCAGCAUGGAAAUGGCAUAUUCUUCUCUGACGGGGAUUUGUGGAAAACCAUCCGCCGCUUCACCUUGGCCUGCAUGCGAGAACUCGGGAUGGGGAAGAACCAAAUGGAGAGGAAGAUUCAGGAAGAGCUCCACUUCCUGAUUGAGAUGAUCAAUUCUCAUAAAGGUGAACCGUUUCCAUUAAAGGCUUUUAUUGGCGCCCCGACAAACAUCACCUUCAUUCUUCUGUUUGGAGACAGGUUUGACUAUGCCGACCCGACCUUUGUCACUUUCCUGGGACUCAUUGACGACGUGAUGACCCUUUUGGGGAAACCGUUUUUACACGUUUUCAACGCCCUCCCAUACCUUGGUUUCCUAUUGAAACCACACAAGACAAUCUUGAGGAAAAUUGGGGAAACCAAUGCUAUUCUGCACAGAUACAUCCAGGGCGCCAAGCAAGGUGUCAGUGAGAACUCCAUGGGGAGCUACAUUGACGGACUUCUGUUCAGGCAGAAGGAAGAGGAAAAAAGCGAAUCCAAGAAAAUGUUCUAUGACGCCAACAUAACAGCAUCGGUCCUUGACCUCGUCAUGGCCGGGACGGAGACCACGGCCACCACGAUGCAAUGGGCCGUUCUGAUCAUGAUGAAAUACCCUGAGAUUCAACGGAAAGUACAGGAGGAAAUCAAGAGGAUCCUUGGAUCAGAGCGCGUCCCAACCUACGAAGACAGAAAGCACAUGCCCUUCACCUUGGCCGUGAUCCAUGAGGUUCAGAGAUUCUCCUCCGUCGUGCUACAAUUCCCGCGCUGUACUGCCGUGGACACUCACUUCCGAGGCUACUUCAUUCCCAAGGGCACAAUGGUGAUCCCUUCUCUCACGUCAGUACUUUAUGACGAAACCCAGUGGGAAACUCCGUACAAGUUCAACCCCAACCACUUUCUGGAUGAUGCAGGGAACUUUGUGGCGAAAGAAGCCUUUGUUCCUUUCUCAAUAGGCCGAAGGAAUUGCGCUGGGGAGAGCUUGGCCCGGAUGGAGAUCUUCCUUUUCUUUGUGGGGCUGCUCCAGAAGUUCACCUUCCGUCCUCCUCCCGGGAUGACCGAGGCGGACCUGGACCUCGCUUUCGAGCCGGCCUUCACCCGGCGGCCGCAGCCCUACUCCACUUGCGCCGUGGCCCAGGAAUAGACCGGACGGUCCAAGCGUCCCCACCAACAUGGUUUCAUGGUUGCUACUGCUCAGUUGUUUAGUCGUCUCUGACUCUUGGUGACCUCGUGGACCAGUCCAGGCCAGAGCUCCCUGCUAGCCGUCUCCGCCCCCAGUUCCUUCAAGGUCAACCCAGUCACUUCAAGGAUACCGUCCAUCCAUUUUCCCCAGCAUCGUGAUCUUUUCCAAGCUUUCCUGUCUCCUCACGAUGUGGCCAAAAUACUUCGCCUUUGCCUCCAAUAUCCUUCCCUCCAGUGAGCAGCCACUGGGCAUUAUUUCCUGGAGGAUGGACUGGUUGGAUCUUCUUGCCAAGGUCCAAGGCACUCUCAGGAUUUUCCUCCAGCACCAGAGUUCAAAAGCAUCUUUCUUUUUUUUAAUUAAUAAUUUUUAUUUAUACUUAAAACUUAUACAUUCUUUAACAAAUUUGCAAUACAGAGUUAUGUAUAUCAAGCUCAUAUAGUAUUUUCACUCUCUAUAUUACAUACUCAUAUUAUUUACCUUUUGUGACCCUUCACCUAGUGCUAUCCCUUCACCCCAGACCAGCCAAUUACAAUAUUUAUUUCCAAAAUUCUAUUGUUUCUUUUACAGGUUUUUUCCCCUUACCUUCUACAUAUACAAACUCUAUAAAUUUUCCCCAUAUCUUCCCAAAAUCUUCCUUUUUUAAUAACCCUCUUUUAAUUUUAAUCUUACAUGUCAAUUUAUCAUUUAUCGCAAUAUCCCAAAUCUCCUUAUACCAUUCUUCCAAUUGGCACUCCUCCCUUCCUUUCCAUUUUUUGGCUAUUAACAAUCUUGCUGCUGUUACCAAGUUGGUGAUUAGUUCCUUUAGCUCUUUUGAUAUUUGAAUAUUAUCCAUAAAUGACCACAGUGCUAUUUCAGGCGUUCCUAUUAUUUCUGUUUUGGUGAUUCCCUUUAUUUCUUUAAAAACGUUCUCCCAAAAUUUUUGAACAUAUUUACAGGACCACCACAUAUGUAUAUAUGUACCAAUUUCCUGACAGCCCCUCCAGCACUGCUUAGAGUAUUUCUUAUCAAUUUGAUUUAAUCUAAUUGGUGUGAGGAACCAUCUCCAUACCACUUUAUAAUAAUUCUCUUUUAUUCUUAUAGACAUGUUUUUUACUAUACGCAUAUUCCACAUUUCUUUCCAUAUUUGAGGGUGUGUUUCCUUAUUGCAAUCUAACUCCCACAUUUCUUUAAGGUGAUCCUGCUCCUGUUCUUUAUCUAUUAGCAAUUUGUAAAUAUCACUUGUUAUACCUUUGGUUCUUUCUUUUCCUUCCCUUUCCCCCCCCCCCCCCCCAUCUCUCUUCCUUCACUCAGCCUUCCUUAUGGUCCAGCUUUCACAUCCAUAGGUUACUACGGGAAAUACCAUGGCUUUGACUAUGCAAACCUUCAUUGCCAGUGUGAUGUCUCUGCUCUUCACUGUUUUAUCAAGGUUGGCCAUUGUUCUCCUCCCAAGAAGGAAACGUCUUCUGAUUUCCUGGCUGCAGUGAUCUUCAUACCUAGAAAUAUAAAGUCUGUCCCUGCCUCCACGUUUUCUCCUCUAUUUGCCAGUUAUCAAUAAGUGUCGUUGCCAUGAUCUUGGUUUUCUUGAUGUUUAACUGCAGCCCAGCUUUUGUACUUUCUUCUUUCUUUCACCUUGGUGAUAAGGCUCCUCAGCUCUUCCUCGCUUUCGGCCAUCAGAGUGGUAUCAUCUGCAUACCUAAGGUUGUUCAUGUUUCUUCCAGCAAUUUUAACUCCAGCCUUGGAUUCCUCAAGCCCCACACUUACAUCGCAUGAUGUGUUCUGCGUACAAGUUGAAUAGGGAGGGUGAGAGGAUGCAGCCCUGAUGUCCGCACUCCUUUCCCAAUCUGGAACCCGUCUCCUGUUCCGUGGUCUGUUCUUAAUGUGAGCCAGAUGUAAAAGCUCAUUAUAAUAAGGGCAGAUUCAGACCGAGCGUCUCGCCUGUCUUUUAUUAUCGCUAGCCAAAAUCUAGUAUCGAUGAGCAUCUCCUUGCUUAACCCCUCUGACUUGACAGAAACAUAAUUCCAGUUGUAAUUGAAUUGUUCAUAACGAGUAUAUCAUUACAGAUUAGAUAAAGGCCUGUCCUUUCCCAACUCGGACUACUUGCCCAAAACUUCUCAAUUAACAAGAAGGGAAACUGGCAUCAUUAUGAACAUUUCGGCGGAUUCCAGGAACAGAAAUGUUGGGGCAAGAAUUGCUUUGUGAGCUGAUCCUCGACAGCCGUGAGAAAUGUAAAGACUCAAUGUUUGACUAAGUCAGGUGGGAGCUACCGGUUCCGUGAUAACAUUAUUACAAGGAAAGCGGCACUGGCCCAACCCUUGGCGUGUUCCAAAGAUUAGCGUGUUAAUGAUCUUUACAGCCACAUAAGGAACACUGGUGCAUCCGCGCGGUUGAAAGUCCAUUUCCGGCCCACGCUGCUAUGAGAUAUCUAUUAGACAUGUCCAAAAAAUCAUUUUGAAUCGUAUAUCGGAAUUAUUUCGGAUUGUUCUCGCUUUUUGAUACGCAUUCCGAGACAUUGUCUCACAGCACAACCAGCAAUGUAAUUCGAACCAUUGUUGGCCCAUUCUUUAAUUGUCUCUUAAUGUUUCGUUAAUUUCUCCCCCCCCCAAAAAAUUUUUUUAAAAUAUAUUUUUAAAAAUAUUUUAAAUUUUUGUUUUUGUUUCUGCAACUUACCUAGAAUGGGAGCUUAGCGCAGCCUAACAUGGCUUACGAAUUUUCGGAAAUAUCCGAAAUUUUUGGGUGAAAAAAUCGGAAAUACUUUCUAUAUCGAAGCGGCAGCGCCCCCUACUUUAGAAACGAGAAUUGAAACAUUUUUUUCAUUGAUCGGACAUGCCUAAUAUCUAUGAUUUGCGUGCUGUGUUUACAGCCUCAAUGACCCAGGAAAGGUGUGUCGGCGGAUUGUGAGGCUGGCACGGGCAAACUUGGGCCCUCCAGGUGUUUUGGACUUCAACUCCCACGAUUCCUAACAGCCGGUAGGCUGUUAGGAAUUGUGGGAGUUGAAGUCCAAAACACCUGGAGGGCCCAAGUUUGCCCGUGCAUGCUUUAAAGCUAUUGGAAUGAAUAGCAGCGGCUGUAUUUUGAUGUAUAAUAAAUAUCUAUCUCGCUGGAAA